AUUCGGUCGUACAUUUGGCAGGUCUCAUGCUGCUCACGCCAAACGACAUGUAGUGGGUCAUGAGCACGAUUUUCCGGCCGAUCGUCCUUAGACGAGCGGCUCCAGACCUCGCAGCCGUUCUAUCCCUUCGUUCUACUAUUCAUCGUCGAUUGCGAUUCCACACUUCGAAGAACAUCUCGUACGAGUCGACUGGCUUAUCGCCAUCGAAGAUUUCCGAAAGCGUACAAGGAUUUUCCGGUCGUAGCUACAGGAUCGAAAGCGUGCUCCAGGACAAGGGGAUGCCUUUGGGACGUGUCUAUCUCGCAACAACGGAUGAAGACCAAAAAGUUGUGGUGAAAGAGAUUCCACAAGACUGGAAGGCGAGAAACGAAAUUUACCGGAGGACGUCGCGAUGUUCCCAUAUUCGCCUCCCAAUCGACUCGAUCCCUGAGUCUCGCAUGCUGAUCUUCGAAUACAUCGAAGAAGAUCUGCUCUCCUUGAUACAGCAAAGGGAAGUGCCCAUGAAGCAGAUCAAACGAGCCCUGAAAUGGACGCUCGAGGGAAUCAGUCAACUGCACGCGGUGAACAUCACCCACAAUGACAUCAAACCCAACAACAUUCUACUGCAAACCGCAACGACUCCCGCAGGGCUCGUAGUGGAGAGGGUCCUCCUCACCGACCUCGAAGAUGCCGUAAGACUCGAGCCGGGCCGAUACCUGCAAGGUGCUACGUUGGGUAAUCUCAUGUGGCGGAGUCCAGAGGCGCACGCCGGAGGACCAAUGGAAGCAGCAUCGGACUUGUUUGCUUUCGGUAUCGUGGUGAUCCCAACGAUUCUCUUUCGACAAAUGUCCUAUUUCGCAGACGACGAGAGCGGCGUCGAAGGCUUGCUCGAGUAUCUCGGCGACAACGACGAGAUGCGAGAUGUGUGGGAGGCCAUCGUGGACUCAUGUCGCGAUGUUCGUAAGAAUCCAAUUAUGGGCUGGCAAGGGCCGGGUAUGGACGACGACUUCAAGGACCUGGUCAAAGGGCUAACGAAGUUGGAUCCGCGACGGCGAAUCUCCGCGAAUGAGGCGUUGCGGCAUCGAUGGUUUGCGGGAGUCUCCUAG